AUGACGCUGGAGAAACGAAGCAGGAGGACUAACUGCACUGUGCUGCUGAAGCUGAGGAAGCCCACAUUUCCCUGCUGUGUUCAGCGGGCCAUUUGGUUGGCUGCGGAGAACAGCCCCAUACGAGCCUAUGUUGUGGGAAAUAGAGCGGAGGAGAAGAUUUUCUGCAACUGCUCUGCUUAUUCCGAUGGUACAGCUGCAUGCUACACCUUGGACGUACAGAUCACAGAUUCUGCUAUGCACAUUUCAAACAUCUUCUCUCUGUAUGCUAAUGUGAAAUGCUUUAGCACGGAGACAAAUCUCCAAAGCUGCAGGGUUAUCGUGGGCCUUGGCCAUUCAGUGCCUAUACGUGAAGUCAGGACUGCAUUGAUGACUGUGUUCAGUGAUGAGCAUGGCAUUGACUAUGACGGAAAGGUGACACGAGCAGUACAAAACACCACAGAAGCCAGUAGUGAAGAGCAGGCCAACCAGUUGCUGGAUCUGACAAGUGACGUGUCCAAGCUCAACUCCUCCCAGGUGGACCAGCUGGUGUCCCAGCUAGAGGCCCUGCUGGCUGGGCCCAACGUCAGCCUGGCUCUGGGGAAAACCUCUGUCACGAUUGUUAGCAACCUGCUGGUAACAGUUCAUUUUUCUACCAGGAUCAUUGGGAUUGUUGAUACUGUGGGCCUGAAGCUGGUCGUUCAGGAGGAGGCUAUGAUUUUAACCGAAUCGGUCGCUCUCGCCAUCAAAACGGUGGACGGCACUAAUUUCCAGCGAACAUCUUUCUCCAUCCGAGACCCCAACAGUGUGCAGAUCCGUGGAGACAACAGAGCCAGGAGGAGUGUGAGAGCAGAGGCGUCCUCUCUCCCUCAGGGGUCUGUCACGUUCCCCUCUUCCCUCACAGCGAACCUCUCCCCUGAGCAGCAGCUACAGGCCUCCAGACUCCAGUUCAACUUCUACCAGAAGAGCACUGUGUUCCAGGACCGAGCCCUGGGAGACAGCAAGCUGAAUAGUGGAAUCCUGGGGGCCAGUGUGGCCAACCUGUCAAUCAAGUCUCUGCAGGAGGACGUGGUCAUCACCCUGAGAAACACUGAACCUGUCUCAGCACAUUUCGUGGUGUCAUGUGUUUUCUGGGACUUUGGCAUGAAUGGAGGCUCAGGAGGCUGGAACCGAGAUGGCUGCUCUGUCAGGAACAGCACAGAUAAUGAGACUGUCUGUGCCUGCAACCAUCUCACCUGCUUUGGUGUUCUACUGGACAUGUCCAGAACGGGCAUAACCAGUUGUCUCCAGGCCACAAUCCUCACCUACAUCACCUACAUUGGCUGUGGUAUCUCCGCCAUCUUCCUCUCCAUCACUCUGCUCACCUACCUGGCAUUUGGGAAACUGCGUAAGGAUAUCCCAUCUAAGAUCCUGAUCCAGCUGUGUGUGGCUCUGUUGUUUUUGAACCUGGUGUUCUUGGUGGAUGGUUGGCUGGCCCUCUACCCUGACGCUGUGGGCCUCUGCAUCGCCACCGCCUGGUUCCUGCAUUACUUCCUGCUAGCUUCCUUCACUUGGAUGGGUCUGGAGGCCGUCCACAUGUACCUGGCCCUCGUCAAGGUCUUCAACACAUACAUACCACGUUACAUGCUCAAGUUCUCGCUCCUUGGCUGGGGAACUCCACUCCUUGUGGUCAUUGUCGUUAUUGCCGUUGAUAAGGACAACUACGGACUAGUUGGCUACGGAAAGUACGUAGAUGGCUCCAGCACAGAUGACUUCUGCUGGCUGAAGGACGACAUUGCCUUCUACGUAACCGUUGUGGCUUAUUUCUGUGUCAUCUUCCUGAUGAACCUCGUCAUGUUUGUGGUAGUGAUGGUUCAGCUGUGUCGGAUAAAGAGGCAGAACCCCGACAACAAGAGGCACCGUGACGGGCUGCAGAACCUGCGCAGUGUGGUUGGAGUCACAGUACUCCUGGGUCUCACCUGGGGCUUUGCCUUCUUCGCCUGGGGGCCCGUCAACCUGCCCUUCAUGUACCUCUUUUGCAUCUUCAACUCCUUUCAAGGGUUCUUCAUCUUUGUGUUCCACUGCGCUGUGAAGGAGAACGUGAGGAGGCAGUGGAGGACUUCUCUCUGCUGUGGUAGACUGAGACUGGCAGAGAACUCAGAGUGGAGCCGCACCGCAACACAGAAGACAGGGAAGAAGUCAUUGCCAGUGACCAGAGCCACGUCCCUCCACUCCGACAACUCCUUCCAGUUCAACAAUUCCUCCUUCUCCUUCUUGUCCAAUGACUCCUCAGAGCGACCCAGUGGAGGAAUAGGUAGUCCAUUUGAUGACAGAUCCAUCACUGCCCUGGAAGAGCCCAACGCAGACGUGGUCCUCAACGAGAUAAACAGCCAGUUUAGGAGUCAGAGUUCGAGAGCACCCUGA